ACAACACCAGAAUUGACGCCUUGUUACGGGACGGAGGUCCCGUUAGUACGAGAGCUAGCAGAGAUUGUUUAGCAGAGAUGGGCCGCUUCUGUUAAAUUAAUGGGAGAAAUUGGAACACUCAACCAAGGAGCUCUGAGCGCCCAACCGUCAACGGACGUAGAAAGGAAGUCCCGCCUUACAGUUAAAAGAGGCAAUCACCUUUUAGAUGCAGACAUAUCUGUCAAUCAUCUUUAGAAGACGCAUGCGCAUUUGCUAUACAAGCCGGGACAAUUGCUUUUUUUAUUUUUUAGCGUAAUAUGAGAUAGGAGCUGCACUGGCAUGACUGCAAAAACCCUCCUUAGAGCGUUCCAAAAAUGGCCGACAGUGGACUGACUUGCUAGAAGACUUUGCGAUUUAGCCGGCUAGCAGCCAUAGCCUCUUUGUAACCGUAUUCAUAUGUACCGCCAGCUCUUUGUGCCAAGUAGAGACAGUCACAAAUGGUGAAGAUAGAAUGCAGAGUUCUCAACUUGUUUUCUGUUCACUUAUUGAAAGCUGCACAUUUAUGGCGUUUGUCAGUGUGAGUGGAGACUUUUGCCAGGCACAGCACCUGGUCAUUGUAGACAAGUGAAAAGAGGGCCUGCCAUAUGAAGAUUGUACUACUCGACUGCCUGUCUUACAUUCUGCACUUUCGGGGAGCAUCUUUUAUUGUCCAAAGCUAAAGUGUAUGAAUCAGUUUGAGCCAAUCCAGCAUUUUUCCGCUCUCUGGUGCCAGCUGAUUAUCUCUCAUCUCCUGAAUGGGGUAAUUCGAAAUUGUAGACCAGAAGGAUAGUCACCUUCUUUAGUUUUUUAUUUUGAAACCGAGGGAUUGUGAAAGUGGUAUCCAUCUCCUAUUUUCUUUUGAAAAUACUCAGAGAUUUACCUAAACGCAUAUUGCUAGAUCUGUUUAUUUCUUUCCCUUUGGAAGAAUAUUUUCCUCAAGUAGUUUUUUUGUGUAAGUGCAAGUAAACCUUCAUUUGAGUGUCAAAAUGAAUCGCCCUGCUCCUGUUGAGAUCACUUACGAUUGCAUGAGGUUUCUCAUCACCCACAAUCCCACCAAUUCACAGCUGACCAAGUUUACAGAGGAAUUAAAGAGCUUCGGAGUGCAGACGCUUGUUCGGGUUUGUGAUGCAACUUAUGAUAAGACACCAGUGGAAAAAGAAGGCAUCGAAGUUUUGGAUUGGCCUUUUGAUGAUGGGUGUUCGCCCCCUGACCAAAUUGUUGAUGACUGGUUGAACCUCCUCAAAUGUAAAUUUAAAGAUGAACCAGGCUGCUGCAUUGCAGUACAUUGUGUUGCCGGAUUGGGACGAGCUCCUGUUUUGGUGGCCAUAGCCUUAAUCGAGUGUGGGAUGAUGUAUGAAGAUGCUGUCGAGUUUAUUCGUCAGAAAAGACGUGGGGCUUUUAACGCCAAACAACUUCUUUACCUUGAAAAAUACAAACCCAAGAUGCGCCUGCGCUUCAAGGAUGCUAAUGGUCAAAACUGCUGCAUUCAGUAAAGUAACAUUCAUCAAAGGAUUUUUGAAAAUUGUCAUUAUUAUUAUUGCUAGUGUUGUUAUUAUCAGUUUUUAUUUGAUUAUUAUAUUGGACCAGGAUUUUGCUGUAUUACAGUGCCAAGCACGCAAACAGGUUGGUCAGUAUUAGUGUCUGGAUCGCUAUAUUUAACUAAAUAACUAAACUCUAGUCAAUCAUGUAAACUUACAGACAAUGCAGUCUAUCACUAGUGAUGUUUUCAUGGCAACAGACACAUUGAUAUAAUGACUGAUUGCAGUUGUUUGUGUUUUAUGACAUCUCUCUAAAACUUGGUGUCUACAAAUUGUCUGGAUUGUGUAACAAAUCAUGGUACAGUGAUCAUCAGACAGACUGCAUUGAUUGAAAAAAAAAAAAAUGUAAAAAAGAAUCACUGUGUUGGUGCGUAUAAUGGACAGUCCUUGAAGACUUUAAGCUUCUCCAAAGUUACAUGGGCACAACUACUGUAUCUAAUGCUAUAGAUAUUAAACAUUCCAAGACAUAUUAACAGGACUGAUGGACACUAGAUUUUGGUCAUCAGUACAAUGGAGGAAUUGAUGAAAUCCCAGAUUAUCCAAUCAAGAACACUUGUCACUCUCCAAACUGGUUGUUGAAAUGAGUCAAAUCCGAAUAAAUAAUAAUAAAAAUAUGAAAUAUUUUGUUGCCA